UCCAGAAACCGGACUUCAAAAAAAAUUUGUCAGUUUGUUUGAUGAGGUGUUAGUUUUGAGAUGCUAUAGAUCUGAUAUUUUUGCUGACAAUUACAAGUCAAUUCAUAUACUUUUUCCCUUCCUCACUGAGCUUAAAAAUCGCUUUAAAAUGAGGACUCUGUGUGUUUUGAGAAGAAUUAUGAGUGUACUUAUUUUGUUAAACUUAUUUAUUUUUAUUUCUGCUCAUAGUCACGAUCAUGGUCAUUCCCACGAGCAUCACGAUGAAAUACAUUCCCAUGGUCAUCAUCACGAUGGUGUACAUGCACACGAUCAUCACCACCACAAUGAGAAACCAUCAUUUAAGUAUUCUCAGCAAGCAAAUCAACAAUUUGCAAAAGCUAAAGAAGACAUUCCUUCAAAGAAACCUCACAAACCAAGGGAUGAGGCAAAUUUAUCAUUAUGGUUACAAGGGAUGGGAUCCACCUUUAUCAUCAGUAUAUUCCCUUUUUUUAUUUUAUUUUUCAUUCCCAUUCACAGACGCGAUGAGCAUCAGAAUCUUCUGAAAAUUUUGCUUAGUUUUGCUUCUGGUGGUCUGUUAGGAGAUGCAUUUCUUCAUCUCAUUCCACAUGCUCUUCUUGCUCAUUCCCUAACUGAUGAAAGUCCUCAUUCGCACUCUCAUUCACAUUCUCAUUCUAAAUCAAAAGAUAGUGGAGAUUCUGAUGUGCAUGGUCACGACCUUAGUGUUGGCUUAGGAGUAUUGGGUGGCAUAUUGGUGUUUCUCAUGGUAGAAAAGUUUAUUCGCAUAGUUAAAGGUGGCCAUGGUCAUUCACAUUCACACGCAUCUAAAGAAACUGUAAAACCUAAAGAGGCAAGUACUGAAGUUAAAGAGAAAGUUUCUGACAAGGAUAGUACUCAUGAAGAAAAGAAAGAAAAAAGUGAUGAAGCAAAUGAAGAUUCAAAUACUCAGCUUGAUAAAUCUGAUCACGAUGAAGAAGAUAUUAUGGUUGCUGGUUAUUUAAAUCUGGCAGCAGAUUUUAUGCACAAUUUCACUGAUGGAUUAGCUAUUGGAGCUUCAUAUCUUGCGGGUCAAAGUAUAGGAUUAGUAACUACUGUGACCAUUUUAUUACACGAAAUUCCACAUGAAAUUGGUGACUUUGCAAUUCUCAUACAGUCAGGCUGUACUAAACGAAAGGCUAUUAUGCUGCAGUUGCUUACAGCAGUUGGUGCUUUAACUGGAACUGCAUUCAGUUUGUUUGCUGGAGGUUUGAAUGCAGCAGCCACAAACCUUAUCCUUCCUUUUACUGCUGGUGGUUUUAUCUACAUUGCAACUGUUUCUGUCAUUCCUGAUCUCCUGGAAGAAACUAAUUUUUGGCAGUCAGUUAAAGAAGUGAUAGCCUUAAUAAUUGGUGUAUACAUGAUGGUACUUAUUGCGAGUUAUGAAUAAAACUCUAUGAACAAGAAAAA